AUGGCCCAACAAUGGACACGAACGGGAGAAACAGGAGUGCGGGCCCUGACGAGCCCGUCGUCGUCGCCCUCUAAUCUCCUUUUCAUUUUUCUGUGCAGUCUGUGGUACACCUCGUCUGCCCUUUCUUCCAAUACCGGAAAAGCUAUCCUCAACCAAUUCCGCUACCCCAUCACCCUAACCUUCGUCCAGUUUGGCUUUGUCGCCAUUUACUGCCUUCUUUUCAUGUCACCCAUCAUCCGGUUUACCAGACUAAAGAGACCCUCGCGAGCUAUCCUCCAAAGCACACUGCCAAUGGGUGUAUUUCAGGUCGGGGGACAUAUCUUCUCCAGCAUGGCGAUGUCGACGAUUCCCGUCAGCACGGUACACACAAUUAAGGCACUAUCACCACUGUUCACCGUCGCCGCUUAUGCUCUCCUUUUCGGAGUCAGCUAUUCAGCCAAGACAUAUGUCUCCCUCCUCCCUCUCACCGUCGGCGUUAUGCUGGCCUGUUCCUUCGACAUGUCCGCAUCAAAUUAUGUCGGCCUGCUAUGUGCAUUUGGUUCCGCAAUAGUCUUUGUCAGUUCCAACAUCGUCUUUAAGAAGGUCAUGCCAUCGCCCGACUCGUCGCAACCGUCCCAUGCCAAACUUGAUAAGUUGAACUUGUUGUUCUAUUCGUCAAGUAUGGCUUUCUUCCUCAUGAUUCCCAUAUGGUUGUACUACGACCUUCCUGCGUUCCUUGUGACGUCUCAUAGCCCGGAGCACGUUGUGCAUCCGAGUCAUGCCCAUUCGGCCAUCCAUUCCGUGAGUUACUACUUCUUCAUGAACGGCACGGUGCAUUUCGGCCAGAACAUCAUCGCCUUCAUCAUCUUAUCGUCGACAUCCCCCGUCACCUACUCUAUUGCUUCCCUUAUCAAACGUGUUGUGGUCAUCUGUGUCGCUAUUGUUUGGUUCAAUCAAUCCGUCCACCCCGUUCAGGUGUUUGGAAUUGGUUUGACAUUUACGGGAUUGUAUAUGUACAACAACGCAAAGGCCGAUGUCGAUCGUGGAGAGAAGAAGAUGAGGAGAGUCGAGGCUGCCCGCGAUUUGAUGCUUCCGAGCACCAAUGCUGAGUCCAGGAUGCUAUCAGGAACAGAUUCGGCGUUGGAGGCGACAAUUCAAUCUGCAGACGAGGGUGAAACCACAGGAGCAGCUGUGGCAUGGAGUGGCCGGUCAAGGACGGCGUCGAUACACCAUCACCAUCCGCCCCAUCCUGCCGCGAACCUCUCGGUGAAAAUCACCCCUCCAAUCCUUAGUUCCAAGUUUUCUCCCAUCAAAGAAGGGAAAGUGGGGUCGCCAACGGACUCUUAUCCUUCUCCACCCCCUUCCCUCGAUUCCCCGCCUGCACACUCGACACGUCUUGAAUAUUUGCAUGGUCACUCCAAAAAUUCUUUCGAUUCCCGGUUCGUCGGUGCUGUCGUGGCGUGA